AAAAGGAAGGUAGUGACCAACUCACUGUAAGAAAUUCCGAAAUAUACAGCUGAGUGAAGUACUGGACAAAAGCACUGUUUGGGAUUUCAGGAGGCAGCCUCUCAGGAAGAUGUAGGCAUUCAAACACCAGAUAUAAUAGUCUGGCACUGACACUGAGAGCACUGGGCAUCAGGAGCCAGGCACGGGCGAGAGACCAUAGGAAAUGGAGAAAAGCAGCACUGGGGUCAUUUUUCCUUGUUAAUCACAUAAAAUCAGACACCAGGCUCCAAUUUCAGGAACUAUCACUGGAGUCCAGGAGCAAUCAAGGCAAGAGGCGGGCACAGCCUGUACCCCUGUACACCAGUCCAAACAGGUGAAGUGCAUUAAGUGACACUAAUUGAUGCUAACGGAUCUCCGGGCUGCUGCUGAGGGCCAUUGCCCCUGGUGGGAGCGAACUAAAGGGACAGCAGGGACAGCCUGGCACAGGAAUCCUUCGAUUGCUCUGCUCUUGCCUGGAAAGUCGACAUUUUCUCUGUUUCGGCUGUGUUUUCAGCUCCGGGGCAUGGAGGGGAAGGAGAGGUGAGCAGAGCCGGCCCUGCCCCGCACCUUGCAGCGCCCAGCCUGAGGGGGACCAGCGAUGCCUCUGGGGAUGAAUAAGCAUGGAUCUCGCUCUACUACCUCUUUGCCUCCGGACCCCACCGAGAUCGUCAGGAGCAAGGCCUGCUCCCGCAGGGUCAAGCUCAACGUGGGGGGGCUGGCCCACGAGGUUCUCUGGCGGACCUUGGACAGGUUGCCGCGGACCAGGCUGGGUAAGCUCAGAGACUGCAACACGCACGACUCGCUCAUGGAGAUCUGCGAUGACUACAACCUGGAGGAGAACGAGUACUUCUUCGACAGGCAUCCCGGGGCAUUCACCUCGAUCUUGAACUUCUAUCGCACCGGCAAGCUGCACAUGAUGGAGGAGAUGUGCGCCUUGUCCUUCAGCCAGGAGCUGGACUACUGGGGGGUGGACGAGAUCUACCUGGAGUCCUGCUGCCAGGCCCGCUACCACCAGAAGAAAGAGCAGAUGAAUGAGGAGCUGAAGAGAGAAGCAGAGACCCUGAGGGAAAGGGAAGGGGAGGAAUUCGAUAACACUUGCUGUGCUGAGAAAAGGAAAAAGCUCUGGGACCUCCUGGAGAAGCCCAACUCCUCCGUAGCAGCCAAGAUUUUGGCAAUCAUUUCCAUCAUGUUUAUUGUACUAUCUACAAUUGCCUUGUCCCUUAAUACACUUCCUGAGCUACAAGGCGUGGAUGAGUUUGGGCAGACCACAGACAACCCCCAGCUGGCGCACGUGGAGGCGGUGUGCAUUGCGUGGUUCACGAUGGAGUACCUGCUGCGCUUCCUCUCCUCCCCUAAGAAAUGGAAGUUUUUCAAAGGCCCACUGAAUGCUAUAGAUUUGCUGGCUAUCUUACCCUACUAUGUUACUAUCUUCCUCACAGAAUCCAAUAAAAGUGUACUUCAGUUCCAAAAUGUACGAAGAGUGGUCCAAAUAUUUCGGAUUAUGAGGAUACUCCGGAUUCUAAAACUCGCCCGGCACUCGACGGGUUUACAGUCCUUGGGGUUUACACUGAGGAGGAGUUACAAUGAACUUGGAUUACUCAUCUUGUUUCUCGCUAUGGGCAUUAUGAUUUUCUCCAGUUUAGUGUUUUUUGCAGAAAAGGAUGAGGAUGAUACAAAAUUCAAGAGCAUCCCAGCUUCUUUCUGGUGGGCAACAAUCACCAUGACAACGGUAGGCUAUGGAGAUAUUUACCCCAAAACUCUUCUGGGUAAAAUAGUAGGAGGACUGUGCUGCAUUGCUGGUGUGCUUGUGAUAGCUCUUCCCAUCCCAAUUAUUGUCAAUAACUUCUCUGAGUUUUACAAGGAGCAGAAGAGGCAGGAGAAAGCCAUUAAGCGCAGGGAAGCUCUUGAAAGAGCAAAAAGAAAUGGCAGCAUUGUUUCCAUGAACAUGAAGGAUGCAUUUGCCCGUAGCAUAGAACUCAUGGACAUUGUGGUUGAGAAGAACGGAGAAAGCAUAGCCAAAAAGGAUAAAGUUCAGGACAAUCAUUUAUCUCCAAGCAAAUGGAAAUGGACCAAGAGAACACUCUCUGAAACUAGUUCUAGUAAAUCUUUUGAAACUAAGGAACAAGGAUCCCCAGAAAAACCCAGGUCAUCUUCAAGUCCCCAACACCUGAAUGUCCAGCAGCUCGAGGACAUGUACAACAAAAUGGCAAAGACUCAGUCCCAGCCAAACCUGAACACUAAAGAGUCGAGCCAGGCUGGAAAGCAGAAGGAGGAGCUGGAGAUGGAAACCCUUCCCGGCCCCAUGGUGCCGCUGCUGGCGACGCGCACCGACGGCGUGGUGGACAUGAGGAGCAUGUCCAGCAUCGACUCCUUCAUCAGCUGCACCGCCGAGUUCCCCGAGGCAGGGCCGGGGCGCUUCUCGCACAGCCCCCUCACUGCCCUGCCCUGCAAGGGCAGCAUCAGCGUCAUCCAGGAGCAGGGCAGGCCCGAGGCCCCCGCCCGCUACGUGGAGAUGAACCCCAGCUCCGACUGCAGCCACCGCUCGGCUUUCUUCAUUGAAAGCCCCAAAAGCUCCAUCAAGGCCAGUAACCCCUUAAAACUAAGAUCUCUGAAAGUCAACUUCAUGGAAGAGGACACCAGCAUGUUAGUACCAGCAUCAAACGUCCUGAGAACAUACCCAGACCCUCUCAAGAGCCGGGGAGCCGCUGCUACUGCCACAGACACUUCCUUGCUCUCUGACAGGUCUCUCAUGAGCCCAGAAACCUCCAUCUACACAACUGCGAGUGCAAGAACCCCCCCAAAGUCGCCAGAGUCCCAGGCAGCUCUAGCUUUCAACUUCCAUGAUGCUGGCAUUCACAAAUACAUCGAUGCAGACACUGACGAUGAAGGUCAGCUCAUGUACGACUCCAGUCCGCCUGGAAAUGUGAGUCCCAAGUACAGUGUUGCAAACAGUGGCUAUCUAAAGCAAAAGGACCAUGUUUAUAGAACAGAGAAGAACCAUCUAGAAGCUGCUGCUUUACCCACCUCCCCUAAGCUGAUAGGGCAGAACUGCAUUUACUCUCUGGAAGGUAUCACUGGAAGAACCCAGGGCAAUCAGGAGACUGUCAGACUAGAAAAUCACAUUUCCCCAGAAGUCCAUGUAUUACCAGGCAGCGGAGGACAUGCUAACACACAUGAUCAAAGCAUCUGAGGUGGGGUCUGAAAGAACUUACUGAGAGUUUAAAGGAGUAUCUUCACAGUCAAGACAAACAAGAGCUUCUGCAUGGCAUGAACUUGGCUGAAACAAGCCACCUGUUUCUAAAAGUCUGGGGGAGGUCCAGUGUGGGUUUGUGAAAAUGUCCUUCUGAAACAACUUUAAAGACAUUGCCCACAUCAGUCAAAAAAAUGAUUGCAAAUCAUGAUCACACAUUGAUCUCCUUUCAUGUUGUCCAGUGAAGCCAAUGUGACCAAAUAUCCAUCCAUUCCCCUUGAACGCUAGAGCUCCUUUUGGAAAUAUUAACAUCUGAUUUGCAUUAGUUCCAUAAAGGAUGCCAAGGCAGCCAGAUUUGAACUCUGGAAUAAAUUGCUGGGGUUGGUACAAAGCUUUCAAAAACACAAUGCUCACUGCUUCAGGGCAGCUGUUCCCCAUCUACAGCUUUCUCUGAUGGAUAUUAUGUUUAAAGGUAACAGGGAACACUUACAUUAUUGGAAAAUCCAAGUGAAAAGCAUUUGAAACAAAUCAUGGUCUAGAGAAACCAAUUCUUAAAAUGCUCUUUGUGUGUUUAACAAUCUGAUAUCCUGUAGGACCUGAUGUUUUCUUUUGAAAUAUCAGCAGGGUGAGUUGCACCACUUGCAUCUAAUUCCAAACACGCCCUAAGACAUAGCGAGACUUGCACUUGCCCUCUGCUAAAAGCCGGGACCUGCCCCAGGGCCAGCGUGGCCGCGGGGAGAGGUCGGAGGGGCCAUGCAGGAGCAGGAGGCUGCGAGGCACCGCAGCCGGAGCCGGGGCUGGCAGGGAGCGGGGCUGGCAGCAGGGAGCCCUGCCCGUCCGUCCGUCCGUCCGUCCGUCCGUCCGUCCGUGCCGCUGCCGGGGCUGCCCCGGGCUCCGCUCCCGCCGGCUCCGGCCCAGGACAGCGCCAGGCUGCUCCGAAGCUUUUUGCGCCCGAGCAGCGCAGUGAAAGAUAUGCAAGUGUUACAUAAAUAUGCAAAAAGAGGGAAUGGGUAGUGAUCCGUGCCAGGCCUGGCUGUGCUCCCUCUCGCCGGGUCGGGCAGGAGAGGCUCCUGCAGGGCCGUGGCACGAAGCGGCUGCGAGAGGCAGGAGAAUCAGGCCUGGCGUUUUAAUAGCAUCCAGUCAUUUUUAAAUGAAACAAGAAAAUAAAGAGGAAAGAAAAUAUAUAUUAAAAAAAAAAAGAUCUGACCAUUUUAAGUGAACAGAACUAGCAGCCACCAGCCUAGGUUUUUAAAAUACUAUUGUUUCAAUAAAGUUAUGUCAAAUUGUGUAGGAAAUAAUUUGUCUUUGGUUUUUAAUCUCGGGGGGGGAAAAGCACUUUACGUUGACUUUUUGUUGUCGUUGUUGCAAUGCUGGAGUAGGAUAGCAGAGUGUAACAAUCAAGCACUUUAACCAAGCACUACUUUAAUUUGUGCCUCUUGUUGUGACUGUGAUUUGUUACACGCCUGUAGCAAGUCACGACUUGUCCUGUGAUAACUGUGAUGGUAACUUUUCUGUUCUUCUGUUUCUACUGUAAAACUCAGUUGUAAAUAGCUCUGUCA